GUUCACUUCAGGAUGAGCUCCCUAUGGUGUCAAAGCAGAUCAUUUUGAAUCGUUUCACAACAACAGAACUGCACAAGAGCAGUAAAGAAGGAGAUUAGGAGGAGGAGGGAUGCUGGAAGAAUUGCAGCUGGAUGCGGAGGGCUGGAGGCUGCCUUAUAUACGCUCAUAAUGAUGAUUGGCAGGCCUGAAUGCUUAGACUUCUCCCAAACAUUUAGAACUACACUGUAAAAAUUAGCUGUAAUUGUGCAGCUGGUUGCCAGUAACGACUGAAAAUGUUUCAUGUUUAUUUAACUUUGAACAAACUGUUGCCAGUAAAUAACAUAAAUGUAAAAUCUGCAGUAAAUAAGUUACUGGCAGCUAGUUUCAAGUAAUACCCAGAAAUACUGUAAUUUCUACAGACAUUUUUUUACAGUUACAUUUAAUACUGAAAACCAGUUUUGUUGUCAAACAAAUAUUCAAACAAUUCAUAGGGUGUUGGCAUUUAGCUAAAAUCAUGUGACUCAGUUGGUUUGAUGCAUCUGAAAACAUUUCUAAACAAGACUUUAUAGAUGAGAAUUUAACUUUACUCUAGACUGAAGUACAAACACGGGUUGUCUAUUAUUACCUACGAAGGUUGAACGUCAUCACUUGUGUCUGUUCAGAGCUUCAGGAUGUCUCUGACAAUGUCUCGGGAUGAUGGGGUGACUGUUAUCACUGUCACCUCAAACCCAAAGAGUAAAUGGCCCAUUCUGUGUCAGAUUCUCGGUACCAUGUGCUACAGUCCAGUGUGUUCUGUAGCUCACGAUAUGAAAGGAAAACUGACAGAAACUCUGACAGCUCUUGGGAUUAUACAGAUGAUAGUGGGAAUCAUCAAUAUUGCAAUGGGGAUUUUUCUUGUAACCACCUACCAUUACAAUAGUAACGUUCUGCACACUGCAGCACCUUUCUGGUUUGGUGGCGUGUUUCUUGUAGUUGGAAUCGUGUGUAUUCUUGCUGCAAAGUUCCCCAGUCAUUGCUUGUUGAUCAUCGCAGUGAUUCUGAGCAUAGUCAGUGCUGUUCUGGCACUCACAGCUGGCGGGUUGCAUUCAGCGGAUCUGGUAACGGGUUACCAACCAUACUGUGCUGACAAUUAUUAUUCACGUUAUGGAGAUCCUGUAACACUAUCACCUGAACAGAGGAAGGACCAUGAAAUGUGUCUGUACUACAGGCAUCUCAAUCAGGUGAUCUACAGAGGUGUAAAUAUCAUGAUGAUAGUUUUGGCAGUUCUUCAGCUCUGUGUAACCAGCAGCUUCUGUGCUUUGACUUUGAAUGCUUUGUGCGAGAAAAUCGAGGCUGCACAGUCUGUGAAGAACCCACAACUUUACAAGCCUCUCAACGAGGACGCUACUGCAAUCCUGUAUGCUAAAGAAUGAAAAAGCAAUGUGUUGCAAUACAAGAAGUUCCAGUUUUUUGUUGUUUUAGGUGAAGGGUUAUUUUAAAAAUAAAUUUGGCAUUACCCUCUUUCAUCUGUUUUAUAGAUAACACCUUUAUAAUUUUUUGAAAAUAUUUAGCCUUUUGGCUCAAAUUCUACAUUUAUUGAUACAAUCCUUCAAAAAUCCUUUAUCAAAAAUAAAGUUGCUAAAGUUAAAGUUCCUCCUGGCAAUAGAAGAACCAAUUUUGGUUCCCAAUGAACCAGUCAAAGGUUCUGAAAAGAAAAAAUCUUUCUCAUCUGUUUGUAGUCUAAAAACAUUUUUAACUACUAAGAUCAGAAAGGUUAUGUGCAUGUUAAAUGUGCUUUGUGUAAAAUAUGCUUAAUCAACUAUUUUUGACCUCAACAGUUUCCAUUAACCCUUAAAUGCAUAAUUUCCUACCCCUCAUUUUUUUUUUUUUUUUUAAGUUAGACCCCUAGUAUUCCUCUAGCAAUCAAAUUAUCAAAACACACACAAAAAUGUCCAAUAAUAUCUGCUUUAUAAUUAAUUUAAGGUCUAAGGUAAAAAUAGUAAAUUCAAAAUUCAAAAUUAAUUAAUAAGUUACAUUUUUCAUGCUUUUUUCCUUUAUUAGUGACUAAAAUGAUCGACAACACAGUGGUUUAGUGGUUGGCACUGACCUUGUAUUAGAUAAGUAGGUUUGGAAAAGCAUGAAUGGAUGGAUGGACUGAAAUUAUUUGAUACAAAUGUUCUGACUUAAUAAUUAUUGUGGAACUUCAACCCUGUACAUUUAAACAUCUGUUUGAUGACUUAAACGUCAAAGUAUAACAAAACAUGCUUUAAUUUAUCAUUCUGGAAUUGUUCAGUAAAUAUUAUGACAGUUUUGUACUAUUUGGGCAGUUUAGAGAGCCAAUCGUGUUAAAUAAACUUAAGUAAAGACCUGAAUGUAUCAAUGAUUGAGAAAACAUUCAUGCAUUUGAGGGUUAAACUGCAAUUCCCGUUAUAACGAUUAAAUAUAUUAAAACAUCCGUGAUAGAGGGUUGAUUAAGGGUUCAGUUGAGGAUGAGCGCCAUCUGGUGUCAAAACAUAACAUUACAAAACGUUUCGAAGCAAAUGUUACUGUCAAACAAAUAGUUAAAUAAUUAUUUGUGUCGCGGUUACAUCGAAAAACAUUUCUAAACAAGGCUUCAUGCACGAGAUUUGAACUUUCCUCUGGACUAAAAUACGAACACGUUGGUCAUCGCAGUGAUUUUGAACAUAAUCAGUGCUGGGCUGGCGAUCACAGCUGUUGUGUUGCAUUCAGUGGAGCUGGCAAAAAACCUCUAUCAAUACAUACUGUGAUGAUGACAAUUAUUCACGUUAUGGAGAUCAUGUAACAGGGUCCCCUGAACGGAGGAAGGAUCAGGAAAUGUGUCUGUACUACAUGCAUCUCAAUCAGGUGAUCUUUAGAGGUGUUAAUAUCAUGAUGAUAGUUUUGGCAGUUCUUCUGUUCUGUGUAACCAUCAGCUGCUGUGUCGGGACUCUGAAAGCUUUGUGCAAGAAGAGCGGAGAUGCACAGUCUGUGGAGGACCCACAACUUUACAAGCCUUUUGUAGAGGACACUACUGGCAAUGCAUGCUAGAGAAACACAAUGAACAUGGAUGAAAAAGCAACACAAUACUUAUGUUACAGGUUAAGGGUUUUGCGGUGGAUCAUUUACAGCAGAGCUGCAUUUAAAAAUAAAUAACUAGAGCACCUCUUGCAUUUAUGUUACAGAUAGCCAUUUUAUUAUAUUUACUUUGUAGAAAAAAUUUUAUAUUCAUGAGUUGAAUUUGUUCUCGCCAUUUACAGCUGACUCUAAAUAAAUCUAGUUUUUGCAAGUUUAUUUUAUAUACUGUUAAAUAUAAUUUAACCUCGCAUUUAUGUGGCUUGCUAUGGUAUUAAUCAAGCUUUUAUUUUCAUGUAAACAUGUAAAGAUUAUUUCAGAAACAAAAUGGCAUUCUUUUAAAAUUACUUUUUUGGCCACUAGGUGGCGAAAGGAUAUUGAGGAAGCAUAGACACCCAGUAAUCAAUGUCAGAGGAUAAAUGUCUAGUGCUAAAUUUAAUUUACCAAACAAAAUUUGACGUAAACAAUACCAAAAGGUAAAACUUCCACCAUAAGCCCAUUUGAUGUAUAGAGUUGUAAGAUUUUAUACAAAUGAAUCAACUCUGAACUCAUUAUUGUACUCAUUUAGACUUUUCUCUUUGUUGUUUAAUUUGAUGUUUAUUAAUUCAAGUCUUUUUUUAUGCUUGGGCUCAAUAGACUAUAACUAUCUGCACUCACUUUGAUCAAAAAAAAACUUUGAUUUCAACUAAAACAUUUAAUGUGCAUCUAUUUGAUUUUUUAAUUUACAUGUAAGAAGUUUCUUUUACUCUAUAUUAGCAUAUGUUGAUGUCUAUAAAAUAUACUGACAGUCAUUAUCUUAAAGUAAACCCCAAAGUGAAGCACUUAUUGUUUUGACAACUAUGUUAUCCUGCUUACUGCACAGCUUUUUACUAAAUCAAUAAAUAAAUAGACAACA